AAAUCAAUUUACGUGUACUUACUUGGCAAUUAUGUGAAAAACUCGAUAAGAUUCGUUAUAUGGACUUAAAUUAACUUAAUUUUCUUCGUGGCCUUUGAGAGACAAUCAAUUGAGUUUCCAGAUGGGUCUGCUGGAUAAGCUCUCGACAUGGCUCGGCAAAGGUCGCAUGGAAGUAACUGUUCUAGUGCUGGGCUUGGACAACAGCGGGAAGAGUACGAUGCUGAACACCUUGCGCCCUCCUGAGCAAAGAGCGCAGCAUUUAAUGCCAACCGUUGCACAGAACCAUGAUAGUUUUCAAAGUGGCGGAGUUUGUUUUACGGCUUGGGAUGUGUCGGGGGCGCCGCGGCACCGCGCGCUGUGGGAGAGGCAUUACCGUCGGGCGCACGCCGUCAUAUUCGUCGUGGACUCCGCCGAUCAUCUUAGAUUGGUGGUAGCUCGCGAGGAGCUGGAGCUCAUGCUGGCCCAUCCGGACAUGUGCGGUCGGCGCAUUCCCUUACUGGUGUUCGCGAAUAAAUGCGACGCGCCGCACGCACUCGCACCCAUGCAGAUUGCUGCAGUUUUAGGUCUAGAGCGUAUCACGGACAAGCCUUGGCACGUGUGCGCGUCCAGUGCGCUCUCCGGGACUGGACUGGCGGACGGCGUGGCAUGGCUCGCCAGACAGAUCCGCGACGCACAUCUGCCCAAAAGUUAGGCUCGACAACGAUGUACGAGCUAGUCACAGAAAAACUGCUUCGAACGCUAUCAAAAGCAAAAAGCUUCAGGAGUGUUAGCUCAAAGAAUUUGUUUCUAUUAAUUGAAUUGUUGUGCGUAAUACCAUCUAGUGCGUAAGUUCCUAGGACACUACACCGCUUUUGUUGUGAAGACCUUAAACUCUUUAAUAAAUUGAUUAA